AUGCAUGGACUGCUGGGAUCGUCGCAAAACUGGCGGGCGCUGACCAAGGCACUGGCCAAGAGUGCGCAGCGGACGGUGUAUGCGGUGGAUGCGCGAAACCAUGGCGGGUCGGAGUGGGUUGGGGAGAUGGACUACGUCCGUAUGGCUGGCGACGUGGAGGCCUUUGUGGCUGAGGUGGUGGCGGCCGAAGCCGGUCAGGACGUGGCGCCCGUCCUCAUCGGACACUCGAUGGGCGGCAAGGUGAUGAUGGAAGCUGCGCUAGGGAUGGGCAAGGAAAAGGUUGCCGGGCUGGUGAGCGUGGACAUGGCGCCAGUGGCCUUUGAUCUGGAGGCCAGGUCCGAGGUCGGCUCGCUGCGAGUUUGCCACGCGGUCCAAGGUGGAUGCCCAUGUGGCAACCUUUGCGCACGAUCCGGCGGUCCGGGCCUUCCUCAUGACGAACAUUACCGGCUCUGGCUCCAAGGCUAA